UCAUAUUAGUGUAAUUUUCCAUGUUUUUUUUUCAGACCGCCUGAACUUGCCCAGUGUCCUGGUGUUGAAUGGAUGUGGAAUCAGCAAGGCAGGUGACCAAAGUGAAAUUGCAGCCUUUUGUGCCCAUGUCAUGGAGCUGGACCUGUCCCACAACAAGCUGCAGGACUGGCAUGAGAUCGGUAAAAUUGUGUCAAACAUCCCCAAUCUGGAUUUUCUUAAUCUGAGCUCCAACCCGCUAGGAGGGAUGACGCUUGAGCCACAGUGCGCUGAAGCAUUUUCUCGGGUCCGACGUCUCGUCCUCAACAACACCCAAGUGUGCUGGGACACUGUGAUGCUGCUCACCCGUGAGAUUCCCGAGCUCGAGGAGUUGUUCGUGUGCCUUAAUGAGUAUAGUGGCGUGCGAGCUUCCAGUGUGGCCUGCCCCAAUCUCCGCCUGCUGCACAUCACGGACAACAGCCUGCACGACUGGGCCGAAGUACGCAAGUUUGGAUCAAUGUUCCCUGGCCUGGACACUCUGGUCAUGGCCAAC